AUGGUAUCAAAUUCAUCGAAAAAAGUACGUGUAUCACGUUCAACGCGUGCUGGAAUUAUUUUUCCAGUUAGUCGUAUGCAUCGUUAUCUUAAAGCGGCUCCAACUACUACGCCUCGAGUAACAAAAGGUGCAGCCGUUUAUUUAGCAGCUGUAGCUGAAUAUCUUGUUGCUGAAGUACUUGAAUUAAGUGGUAAUGCAGCACGAGAUAAUCGACGUAGUCGAAUUAUACCAAGACAUGUUUUACUUGCUAUAGCUACUGAUGAAGAACUCAAUAAAUUACUUCAUGGUUGCGUAAUACCACAAGGUGGCGUUCUUCCAUCAAUAUUUCCAUUUCUUCUCCCAAAAAAUACUGGAGGUAGUCCAGACCAAUCAUCAUCAUUUUCAUCACAAGCUUCAUCAGUGAUAAAAACAAAAGCAGCUGGUAAAACUACUAAAACUACUGGACGUAAACCAGCUUUAACAAAAGGUCUAGGAAGUUUUACUGUUUAUAAUACAGCUAAAUCAAAGGCAGUUGCACUUAAAGGUACUGCAGUAACAACACUUUCUGAACGUUUGACUGUUGUUCAAGGAAAUAUUAUUAAUAUCAAGGCUGAUGCAAUUGUUCAUCCAACAAGUACUUCACUCAGUAUGAGUGGUGAAGUUGGUCAUGCUUUAUCUAAAGCUGGAGGACAAGAAUUACGAGAUGCUUUAUCUCAAGCAGCAAAGACUAAAUCAUUAACUAAUGUUGGAGAUGUGGUUAUUACUGAUGCACCUAAUCUGUCGGCUACAUAUUUAAUUCAUGUUAAUUCACCAACAUGGAAUGCUGGUGCACAAGAACAAUGUAUUAGUGAACUUGAUAAGGCUACUUUAAAUAUUCUUACACUAGCUGAUGAACAAGGUCUUACAUCUGUUGCAUUACCAAGUGUUAGUAGUGGAAAUGCUGGAUUUCCUAAACAAACAGCUGCUCAAACAAUAUUAGCAGCAUUAUCAAAAUAUUUUCGACAAACAACAACAACAAAACUUCAACAAGUUUUUUUUGUUUUAUAUGAUGUUGAAAGUGUUAAUGUUUAUACAACUGAACUUCAACAAUCUUAUUGUCAUUUAAUGGCACAAGAAGAAUUAAAAUCAAUUGAUCUUGAAGAUAUAUUUUGUCAUUAUCGUCAUAUAUCUAAACAAUAUAUACUCAAACUUUCAUCAAUAAAUCUUUCAAUUAUUCUAAAACAAGAUGAAAAUAAAAAUCGAUCAUUAUCAUCAUCAUCAUCUGUAAAUAAUAUACGUAUCAUACCAAUUGAUGAUAUAUAUGGAUGUUUAUGUAUGAAAUCAAAAAAAACUUCAAAUCAAUGUUAUUUAACAUUUUAUUUGUAUAUAUUAAAACGAUCAAAUACAAUAAGUGGAAUUGUAUCAAAAAAACGUGAUUAUCAUCGACAACAAUAUACAUUUAUCUAUGAAAAAUAUAAUGAUUAUGAAACAAAUUAUACUGAAAUAAUGCGAUGGCAUCAUCAUGUAGCAUCUGCUAUUUAUUUACGACGAAAUCUUCCUUUUGAUAUUAUAACAACAAAACGUGAUAAACCUGCACUUGUUUUUGUGAAUCCAGCUGGUGGUGCAGGUAAAGCUUAUCGUCUUGUUAUGGAACAUGCUAUUGGUAUAUGGAAUGAAGCUGAAUUUAAUUAUCGUAUAAUUAUAACAGAAUAUGCUGGUCAUGCUCGAGAUUAUGUACAGACAUUAGAAUUGAGUGAAUGGAGUGGAAUUAUUCUUGCUUCAGGUGAUGGACUUAUUUAUGAAGUAAUGAAUGGUCUUUUUAGUAGAAAAGAUUGGCAAGAAGCUUUAAAAUUGCCUAUUGGACAUUUACCUUGUGGUUCUGGAAAUGCAUUUAUUGCAAAUAUUAUUCGUCAUAGCAAACAACCAAUUGAGAUAUCAAUGGAAAAAUUUGUUGUUCAAUCUGCUAUACUUAUUGCUACAUAUCAAGUGAUUCCUUUUGAUAUGGCUGUUAUUGAUACAUGUGAUGGUGAACGAAUUUUUUCAUUUCUAAGUGUUGCAUGGGGUAUUAUUGCUGAUGUUGAUUAUGAAAGUGAAAAAUAUCGUUUUCUAGGUGAAACUCGAUUUACAGUCGAAGCCGUAAAACGAAUUCUUCGACCUCGUAUUUAUAAUGGUUAUAUCGAUUAUCUUCCUUAUGAUGUAAAUGAUGAUACCGUUCAAACGAAUCAGAUUACAUCAGAUACAACAACGGCUAGACUUCAUCAACAUCUUUUACCGCUCAAUGAACCUAUACCAAUUGAUUCAGCGACCAGUAAAUGGCGCCGUAUUGAUGGUCCAUUUGCUCAUGUACUUAUUACUUCAAAAGCUGCUAUAUCAAAAGAUUCGAUAUCAACUCCACAAUCAACAUUAGCUGAUGGUUAUUUAACAUUACAAUUUAUGCGUAUUGAUGGUCCAAUACGUUUACAUUUAGCUAAAGCAUUUACAAAAUUAUCUGAUGGUAAACAUUUAAACUAUGAUUUUGUUGAAUGCAUGCCUAUACGUGCAUUUCGAAUUGUACCAUCAGAAACAAAUGGAAACAUGAUGAUUGAUGGUGAAAAAGUUCCUUAUGGUCCUAUUCAAGGUGAAGUGUUACCAAGUAUUGCUCGAUGUAUGGGUAAACAACCCAAAAAUGAUUAA